AUGGGGAAGAGUGAUGAGCGACGGCAAAACUGUGCAGGCAGCCUGGUGAAGAAAGAGGAACAAGCAGCAACUGACCCAGAGCCCAGCAGAGAAGGGAUUAUUGACAAAGAGAUUAACCCAUUUGUGGACAAAUGGGAAGAAGAGGGACAGUUUCCAGCACACAAAGUAUUUAAAAUCCUUGGACAAGCUGGAUUCCUUGGAGUGACCAAGCCAACAGAAUAUGGCGGCCUGGGCUUGGACUUUUCCUAUAGUACUGCAAUGGCAGAAGAACUGGGAAAUAUUCAUUGUGGAGGGGUUCCUAUGGCUAUUGGAGUGCACACUGACAUGGCUACGCCUGCUCUAACAAGAUUUGGUUCUAAAGAGCUGAAACAAGAGUUCCUUGUACCAAGUAUAGCUGGUGAUGUCGUGGCUUGUUUGGGAGUCAGUGAAACUGGAGCAGGGUCAGAUGUUGCAAGUAUCCAGACACGAGCAGUAAGAAAAGGUGAUGAUUAUGUCAUAAAUGGAGGCAAGAUGUGGACUACUACUGGGUGUCAAGCUGACUGGAUGUGUCUAUUGGCAAAUACUAGUGAAGGACCACCCCACCAAAAUAAAUCUCUCAUAUGUUUGCCAAUGAAGUUAUCUGGCGUUCACAUUGCUAAAAAGAUAGACAAGCUGGGCAUGAAAUCAUCAGAUACAGCUCAGAUAUUUUUUGAAGAUGUCAGAGUUCCCUGCAAAUACCUAAUUGGGGAGGAAGGAAUGGGUUUUACGUACCAGAUGUUGCAAUUCCAAGAAGAGCUUCUUUGGGCAGUAGCCAAUGUUGUGCAACAAAUGGAUAAUAUUAUACAAGAAACUAUCAACUACACUCGGCAACGAAAAAUAUUCAACCAGCCACUGCUGAACAACCAAAUAGUGCACUUUCGCCUGGCAGAGUUAGCAACUGAAGUGGAACUUCUUCGUUCUCUGCUCUACCGGGCUGUUGCUCUGUAUAUAAGAGGCAAUGAUGUGACCAGAUUUGCUUCCAUGGGUAAGCUAAAGGCAGGCCGCCUAGCCCGUAAGCUGUCUGAUGAUUGUCUCCAAUUCUGGGGAGGAAUGGGAUUCACCAAUGAAGUGUCAGUGAGCAGAUUUUACAGAGAUUCAAGAUUAACAUCAAUAGGAGGUGGUGCAGAUGAAGUCAUGCUUUCCAUUAUAUGUAAAUAUAUGGAUAUUCUUCCAAAGAAGUAAUGCCCAGCAAAGUCGCAACUCUUUAUUGGCUAUGGGAAAAUAUGGAUUUACCACAAAUCGAGUGUGAGCAGUACACAAAUUCCAAAAG